AGUCAGUAACAAAUUGUUCUUUGAAAUGGUGAGACGCAUGUAUUAUAGGCUACAACAGUAUAGUACAGGAAAAUAUUGCUGUUAACAUGGCAGAUGAAUAUGUGCAGACACAGUGUGUGAACAACAGUGUGAAUUCAGCCUAAUGAUUUGUGAGAUCAGAUUGUGGCUGGCCUGAUAAGUUUAUUGGUCAACCUGCAACCUUCUGCUCUUCUUCAGAGUAAAAGCCAUUUCACCAAUCUUUGCUGUCUUUGUCAGGUGUGGAUGUUGCUCUGGUUAAAAUGGGAAAUAUCUGAACAACUUAAAAGCAUCACAGUUUUUUCUCUGUAAAACGGCGGGUUGCUAGAACAGCAGCACAUGAGAAAUGUGUUUUGAUGGGUAAUCUGAAGUGUAAAGGUUGUCUGCAACAAGUUAUUUUUAGUUAACAGUCAGGACAGUGCUGAAACAUCCAUCGCUAAAGUCUAACGUAUGAUGAACCAACACAAGCUGGUUUGCUAUGGAAAUGUGGACGAGCUCAAUAUCAGGCUGAAAUCAUUAAACUCUUUCUUACUGCCAGAUGUUUGCCUAAAUCAGCUGAACUUUUAGGAUUGAUUGAAGCAUAGAGUUUGUCACUAUGGAUAAUAGAGGAAGCAGUGAGAGAACAGCUUCUCGAAAACACAACAGAGUAUCUCUAGAGAGUGAAAGAUUAACUACUCAUCCUCCUAAAUUCAGUGAUGAACCAGUGACCUCUGACCCCAGGAUCUCAUGGAGACAGAGAUCUUCAUCUCCUGAUCACAGCUGUGUGUCUCUGAAGAGUGACGGAUCCAUGGCUCCUCCUCCUAAAUUCAGUGAUGAACCAGUGACCUCUGACCCCAGCAGAGCAGAUGGAGAGCGAAGCAUCUCUGGAGGAGAGUCGGUCUUCUGUCUGAACAACACGAGCGUUACAGCGUCUCUGAAUAAACAUGAUCAACCAGUGAAUGAUGAACUACAGAGAAUCAAAGACCAGCUCAAAACCAGCAUGAAGAACAAGUAUGAGAGAUUAUUUGAGGGACUGAACCUCCAGGAGAAUGAAAGCCUCCUGAACAGGAUCUACACACAGCUCUACAUCAUAGAGGGAGAGAGUGAAGGAGUGAAUGAAGAACAUGAGGUUUUACAGAUGGAGAAAACAGCCAGAACACAACACUCACAAGACACUCCAAUCUACUGCAAUGACAUCUUUAAAGCCUCAGCUGAACCAGGAUGUGAGGAGAAAGACCAGAUCAAGACUGUUCUUACUAAAGGCAUCGCUGGAAUCGGAAAAACCGUCUCUGUGCAGAAGUUCAUUCUGGACUGGGCCGAGGGAAAAGCCAAUCAGGACGUAGAUUUCAUGUUUGUGCUUCCAUUUCGAGAGCUGAACUUGAUCCGAGAUCAUCAGUACAGUCUUCACAGACUUCUGCUGGACUUUCAUCCUGAACUUCAAGAUCUGGACUCAAAGAUUUAUGAGGAGUGUAAAGUUGUGUUCAUCUUUGAUGGUCUGGAUGAAAGCAGAAUCACACUGAUGUUUUCAGACGAUCAGAAAGUUUGUGAUGUGACUGAGACUUCAUCAGUGGGUGUGUUGAUGUCAAAGCUCAUGAAAGGAGAGCUGCUUCCCUCUGCUCUCAUCUGGAUCACCUCCAGACCAGCAGCAGCCAAUCAGAUCCCCUCCAAAUACAUCAACCGUCUGACAGAAAUUCAGGGAUUCAAUGAGCCUCAGAAGGAGGAAUAUUUCAGGAAGAGAAUCAGUGACCAGCAUCAAGCCAGCAGAAUCAUCUCACACAUCAGAAGAGCAAGAAGCCUCCACAUCAUGUGCCACAUCCCCGUCUUCUGCUGGAUCUCAUCCACUGUGCUUCAGAAGCUCCUGGAAGAAGAUCUGAGUGCAGAAAUCCCUCAAACUCUGACUGAAAUGUACAUCCACUUCCUGCUGAUUCAGAUCAACAUGAGGAACCAGAAGUAUGAAGAGAGAGAUCCAGAGAAACUCCUGCAGUCCAACAGAGAAGUGAUUGUGAAACUUGCUGAAGUGGCUUUCAAACAGCUGAUGAAGGGCAAUGUGAUGUUCUAUGAGGAGGACCUGAUUGAGAGCGGCAUAGACCUCACUGACGCCUCAGUGUAUUCUGGGAUUUGCACUGAGAUCUUUAAGGAGGAAUCUGUGAUUCAUCAGAGGAAAGUCUAUAGCUUCAUCCAUCUGAGCGUUCAGGAGUUUCUCGCUGCUUUCUAUGUGUUUUAUUACCACAUAAAUACAACUAUGGAUAAGCUGAAAAAUUUUGGUUCAGUGCAAAAUUUGCUUAUAGGUGCAGUAAAUAAAGCUCUUGAGAGUAAGAAUGGACGUCUGGAUCUGUUCCUGCGGUUCCUGCUGGGCUUCUCACUGGAGUCCAAUCAGAGACUCUUACAGGAUCUACUGACACACACAGAGAACAGCUCAGAGAGCAUCAGAGAAACCACACAGUACAUUAAAGAGAAGAUCAAGGGUAGUCAUCCUCUCUCAGCUGGUGAAUCCAUCAAUCUGUUCCUCUGUCUGCUGGAAGUGAAAGAUCAGACUCUGUCCAGAGAGAUUCAGGAGUUUGUGAAAUCAGACAAACACUCAGAGAAACUCUCUCCUGCUCACUGCUCAACAAUCGCCUACAUACUUCAGAUAUCAGACGAGCCGCUGGAUGAGCUGGACCUCAAGAAAUACAAGACGUCAGAUGAGGGGAGAAGAAGACUGAUACCAGCUGUGAUCAACUGCAGGAAAGUCAUUCUUGCUUGCUGUAAUCUCACUGGUCAGUGUUGUGAGAGUUUGUCAUCAGUUCUUCAAUCCUCAAACUGUGUCCUGAGAGAGCUGGAUCUGAGUAACAAUGACCUGCAGGAUUCAGGAGUGAAGCUGCUCUCUGAUGGACUGAAGAGUCCAAACUGUCAGCUACAGAUACUGAGGUUGUCUGGCUGUAUGGUGUCAGAGGAAGGCUGUGGUUAUUUGUCUUCAGCUCUGAGUUCAAACCCCUCACACCUGAGAGAGCUGGAUCUGAGCUACAAUCACCCAGGACAAUCAGGAGUCCAGCUGCUCAAACACAAGCUGGAGGAUCAAAACUAUAAACUGCAGAUACUCAAUGUGGAUCAUGAAGGAGAGAUCAGGAUGACAGCAGGACCAAGGAAGUAUGCCUGUGAUCUCACACUGGAUCCAAAUACGGCACACACUCGAGUCAUUCUUUCUGAUGAGAACAGGAAGGUAAUGCGUGUGUUAGAGAAGCAGCUGUAUCCUGAUCAUCCAGAGAGAUUUGAUUACGGUCCUCAGGUUCUGUGUGGAGAGAGUCUGACUGGACGCUGUUACUGGGAGGCAGAAUGGAGUGGACGUGUUAAAAUAUCUGUGACAUAUAAAAGAAUUAACAGGAAAGGAGAGAGAUAUGACUGUAUAUUUGGAUACAAUGACAAAUCCUGGAGUCUGGACUGCUCUGAUAAUGGAUUCACUGUCUGGCACAGUAAUAACAGAACUGAUAUACCUGUCGCCCGUUCAUCCUCUAAUAGGGUAGGAGUGUAUGUGGACGUGUCGACCGGCUCUCUGUCCUUCUACAGCGUCUCUGACACACACACACUCACACACUUGCACACAUUCAACACCACAUUCACUGAACCCCUCUGUGCUGGAUUCAGGCUUUAUGAUGAUUCCUCAGUGUCUCUGUGUCAGAUUAAGCAACAGACACACACACACUAAAUAAUUUUUCUAACAUCAUCAAAGUCAUCAAAUCUCACAAAAUUACAUUAUUUUUCAUUCAUUUUGAAUUAACGUUUUUCAUUAUCAUCCAGAAAACAGUAGUGAUACUGUUGUAGUGCUUGAGGAACCUCAGACACUUUGAUCAUCUGAGAUACACUCAGACACUUUGAUUAAACUGUAAGACUGGAAGAUCUUCUGAGAGACAGACAAUACACACACACACACAGUGUAUUAACACAGAGGUCCCCAACCACCGGAUCGCGACCCACUACCGGGCCGUGGUAGAAUUGCUACCAGGUCGCAAGAAUUAUUCUAAUUAUUCUUUAUUUUCGUUGUAUGCAGGGUGGCCGCGGGUCCUUAAAAAGUCUUAAAAUGUAUUAAAUAAAGUUUUGCUUAAAAAAGGCCUUAAAAAGUCUUAAAAUGUCUUAAAUUCAGAUUCAGUGGGUCUUAAAUAUCUUCGGUCUCAUUACCGCAAAAGUUUCACCAGUCUGACGGACCCAGUGACUGUUUACAAUCAUUGGACAGAUGGAAGAUUAUUUUUUCCCCCCGCUGUAGUUACUGCGUCAUCAGAAUUGCGGUAGCAGAAUGCAGGUCGAAUACCACCAGCUCGCUGACAAGCCUCCUAGCUACUUUAAAUGGGUUAAUGCAAGUUUACUGAAAAAUUGCUAGAGGAUUUUACUUGCCCGACGGGACAAAUAGCCUGAUUAAAACUUAAGUGACAUUUUAUUACAUUCAGCGUAAACAGCGAUUGAUAAUGGAUAGUGUAUUUCUGGUAUCAGGGUCAUUCUACAGAAACGUCCACUUUUCUGUCCCUAGACUUUAAAGAAAUAUUACAAUUGAAAUACACAUUAGGGUUACAAUUUUUUUAUAUUUUAAAAUGAAACAAUAUGUUAUUUGAACAAUUACACCUUCCUGAGCCAUCAAUGUGCCAUUAUUAUUUUUUUUAUUAAUUAUAUAGAAUUCCAAGUACUACACAACUGCUCGUCCCCACAGCCAUGUACAGCAGGAAAGUGCUUUAUUUUGAGGUCAAAAACAGGAUUUUCUACCAUUUAAAAUACAAAAGUCUAUUCAUAGCUAUCAAAUAUAUGAUAUAAAUGGCAUAAAAAAACAAAAUGGCAAAAAAAUAUUAUAAAAUAUAUAAUGAAAACAGUGGUCCCCUGGAGUUGUGUCACUGGUGUUACCGCUUAACAAAAGUCUUUUAUUUUGGAAUAAAAAAAUCACACUGAUGACAUCACUCGACUUCAUCCUUCCUAUUUUCUAAACAUCUAUGAAAAAAGGCCCAUGUUUAGUCCACUGUUUCUUUUCAGUUCUGAUAAAUUUUCUCAUUUAUCUCAUGAUUUCAUAUGAAGCUUUUAGUUGAUGUCACUGGUGUGAACUAUUUAUUGUUAGGGAAAUGUAAAAAAAACUAUAAUACAAAUGGAUUAAACUACUUAAUUUAGUGAGUAUACCAUGAUUGACAACAUGUGGCUUGAUACCUUGCAGCAGACAUUUUGUAAAAUGCAUUUUUCAUGAAAAUUGUCACUGGUGUUACCUUCCUUAUGGAUAAACACCAGUGACGAUCAGUAUAUCAGGCCUAAUGUAUGGUACUGGUGUUACUGUCACUGGUGUUACUGUGCUGUGUUACUGUACUGUUUUUGUCUGUCACAUUAAAUAAAUAAAACAUAAUCUCCUUAUUUCUUGCAUUUUCAUUAUUUUUCUGUAACUCUGACUGCAUGUGCUGAAUUUUUUUUUGAAAUAUUUCAUAAAAACUUUUAAUAUUGCUAAAGAAGGUAACACCAGUGACAAAAAAUUAUACAUGUGGUCUUGGAAUAAUUGCACAAAAAAGCUAAAACAAAUAUAAUUAAGCUGUCAUUUAUAUGUAUUCAUAAAGUCAAAAGGUAAUGUAAUAAUGUGGUCUAAGUUUAAAUGUAAAAAAGAAAUAAAAAUUUUAAGACAUUUUGCCAUACCAAAAGUGGACAUUUCUGUAGAAUGACCCAUCAAUGUUGCGCUGUUGAGGCUCAUGCUGCCUGUCUCUGUGAGAGACAAAUGAGCAUAACGGCAAACAUAAAUAAACUCACAGAACAAACAUACUGAGGUAAAAAUUCUAAAUGUUUAGUUUAUUUAUAGCAUGAUGAUGAUGAUAACAUACCAUGACAGGGGGACUAUUUUGCUAAAUAUUUUCAUGAUUGCAAAUGUUACAUUGAUUUUGGCUCAAGAAACAGGUAGUUAAGUAGUUAUAUUAGUUUUGUAGUAGUUUUGUUCUAUUUCACCAACGAAAAUAGCUCCAAACAAAGUAUUGCACAUUCUCCGAGCAGCACUCGCAUUUUUGUUACUGAAUGAUUCAGUGUUUUGAAUGAAUUGGUUGAAUGAAUAAAUGACUUACCGCCACCUACUGAUGGUUUAGUUAGUUUAAAAGUAUGUAUUUUUCCACCAACAUUUCUUAUUUGUAUAUUCAAAAAAAUGUAUUAAAACAUUAAUCUCAUAACAUUAUUUAUUGCGGUUGUAAAUUUGUAGUGCAAAUUAUUUAAUUUGAUUGCUAACAGCCCUGUUGUGUAUAUUAAAUUUCCUCAUCAGUUGUAAGAAUUUGACAUGAAAGAUGACGCAUACAUUUAAUAAGGUAAAAAUAUUUGACUUUAUGGAGGUAAAUAACAACCUGGGGUAAAUAUUAAAAACAUGCAGAUUUAAAUAUGUAAAUGCUGAAUAGAAAACUGAUGAAAAUAUUGUUUCAUUUACACCACCAAAAAUAUUGCUGAUGUGGAGCUUUUGAGGGAUAUUUUGUAUGGGAUAUUGUCUUCAGAUAUGAAAAGUUCUCUGUAUAUCGUAAUAAUAAACGGUGUGGUGGUG